GUCAUGUAGCAGCACCACCACCAUGCCAAAGAGACCAAACGGACCGAAUAUCAUCAUCUGUGGGACCCCGGGAACUGGCAAAACAACCCACGCCGAACUCCUCGCCGCCCAAACAUCCCUAACACACCUGAACCUCGGCACCCUCGUAAAAGACCACAAACUCUACGAAUCCUACUCCCCAGAAUGGGACUCCUACAUCGUCGAUGAAGACAAACUCCUCGACCACCUCGAACCUCUCGUCCCCACGGGCGGUCUGAUACUAGACUGGCACACCUGUGACGUUUUUCCCAAGUCGUGGAUUGAUUUGGUGGUUGUGUUGAGGACGGACAACACGAUGUUGUGGGAUCGCUUGGAGGGGCGGGGGUACAGUAUCGAGAAAAUCCAGGAGAAUAAUGAGGCGGAGAUUAUGCAGGUCGUGUUGGAUGAGGCGAGGGAGGCCUAUGACGGGGAGAUUGUGGUUGAGUUGAGGAGUGAGAGCGCGGAGGAUAUUCAGGGGAAUGUGGAGAGGAUUGAGCAGUGGAUGGAGGCGUGGAAGGGGAUGGAGCAUGUCAGUGAUGAUGCGGAGGAGGACUCUGAUUAGACAAGACACGUCGGACGGACUGGACUUUGUCACUUUCUAUCUAAUGCAUUGAAUGUAUACCCCCCGCGGCCGAUCACAAAUAACUCCCGCUUAGCACCCUCCCCGAGCCAAAAACUCCUUAACCUUCUCCAACGCCCUAUACCGAUGACUAAUCCCAUUCUUCUUCUCCUUACUCAUCUCAGCGUACGUCUCCCCCCCACCCUCCACCGGCUCAAAAACACUAUCCCACCCGAAAUCCCCGCUCCCCCUAGCCUCCACCACCCUCCCCUCAGUCCUCCCCUCAAAAAGCA